AUGAAAUUUCAAAUUCUUGCCUCAAUCGUUGCAGGUUUAUCCUUAGUUUCUGCUUCACCAGUUGCUGAAGCUUUACCAUGGGCUCAAGCUAAUCCUCAAGCUGCUGCUGCUGCAAAUGCUUAUGCUGACGCUUAUGCCGAAGCCGUUGCUCUUGCUCAUCCAGAUCCAGAAGCUUAUGCCUUAGCUGCUUCAGCUGAUGAUUGUGCUUCCAUUUCUUGUCAUGCCUCAUGUGGUUUGUUGAUCAUUGAAGCUCAGUCAUGUUCUCAAAACAAAGAAAACUCCUACUCUGGUCCAUAUAAUGAAACUUGUUUGUGUUCUUCAGACUCCAAAUUUAUUCAAUACUAUUCCCCAUGUAUGGAUUGUGGUUGGACUUUAUGGAAAUACUAUGGUGUCUAUGUUACAUCAGCUUUGGAAGCUUGUAAAACUUUAUCAACUGAACCAACAGGUACCUCAAGAUGUUCAACCACUUUAGAAGGUACUUAUACUCCAGAUUAUAACAUUCAAGGUUGUUCAUACUUGGGUAACUGUGAAAGUACAACUUCUGCUGCUGCUGCUGAAUCUUCUGCUGAACAAUCCACCUCCACAUCAGCCGCUGCUUCUUCCACCGCUGCUGAACAAUCAACCACAUCUGCUGCUGCUCAAGAAACUUCAUCAACAGCACAACAAGCUUCAUCCACUGGUGCUGCUCAAACCACUAGCGCUGCUGAAACCACUAGCGAACAACUAUCCCAAUCUGCUGCUCCAACAUCUGAAGCUCAAGGUCAAUCAAGCGCUGCCGCCGCUGGUUCAUCUGAAGCUCAAGGCUCUGCUGUUGUUGCUCAAUCAUCAUCAGCUUCUGCUGGCGCAGGUGCCUCAUCAACUCCAGUUGUUCAAACUUUCGAGGCUGCUGCUGUCAAAGUUGGUGCCACUUCAGCUGUCUUUGCCAUCUUGUUCUCCUUAUUGUUCUAA